GGACCACCAGGGAAUUCCCAAAUUUUCCCCUUUUUUAAAGAUUUAGAAAAGGAGGAACACUCAUUCCAAGUUAUCAGUUGGCAUUCACCUGGAGAUCUUGAAAAUGAAAUAAGGAAAUGUCUGGAUUUGUUUGUGACAGAAGCUUUGCACAGCAGAAAAGAAUCUGAACACUUUGUAAAUUUAAUGGAAAUACUUGGGACUCGAUGCAGUUAUUUGCUAAGGAGAUGUGAUAUCAUGGAUUCCUUAAAGAAUGAGAACUUCAACCUGAUAGUUGUUGAUGCCUUUGACUUGUGUUCAUUUCUAAUUGCUGAGAAACUUGAGAAGCUGUUUGUGUCCAUUCUUCCCACAUCAGUUAGCAGACUGGACAUUGGCCUGCCAAGCCCCUUGUCUUAUGUUCCAGUAUUCCAGUCUUUCCUAACUGACCAUAUGGACUUCUGGGGUAGAGUGAAGAAUUUUCUGAUGUCAUUUGAUUUCUCUGUGGAGCAGUGGCAAAUACACUCUACCUUUGACAACACCAUCAAGGAACAUUUCCAGGAAGGUUCUAGGCCAGUUUUAUCUCAUCUUCUAAAGAAAGCAGAGCUGUGGUUUGUUAUUGCCUUUGAAUUUGCUCGGCCUCUGCUUCCCAACACUGUGAAUGUUGGAGGCUUAAUGGUCACUGUUAGACCAGUACCACAGGAACUUGAGAAUUUCAUUGCCAAAUUUGGAGACUCUGGUUUUGUCCUUGUGGCCUUGGGCUCCAUCGUGAGCAGAUAUCAGUCCCAGGAGAUUCUCAAGGAGAUGAAUGCUGCCUUUGCUCAUCUCCCUCAAGGGGUGAUAUGGAAGUGUAAGCCUUCUCAUUGGCCCAAAGAUGUCAAAUUGGCAGCAAACGUAAAAAUCAUGGAUUGGCUUCCUCAGAAUGACCUCUUGGCGCACCCUCGCAUCCGCCUUUUUGUCACCCAAGGUGGGAUGAACAGUGUCAUGGAGGCCAUCCAGCAUGGUGUGCCCAUGGUGGGAAUUCCUGUCUUUGCAGACCAGCAUGAAAAUGCGCUCCGAGUAGAAACCAAAAAGUUCAGUGUCUCUAUCCAGUUAGAGCAGAUGAAGGCCGAGACAUUGGCUCUGAAGAUGAAGCAAGUCAUAGAAGACAAGAGGUACAAAUCUGCUGCAGAGGCCGCCAGCAUCAUCACACGCUUGCAGCCCCUGACCCCUGCCCAGCAGCUGGUGGGCUGGAUCGACCACAUCCUCCAGACAGGCGGUGCAGCCCACCUCAAGCCCCAUGCCUUCCAGCAGCCGUGGUAUGAGCAGUACCUACUGGACGUCCUCUUGUUCCUGCUGGUGGUCACCCUGGGCACUGCGUGGCUCUGUGGGAAGCUGCUGGGCCUGGUGGCCAGGUGGCUGUGUGGGGCCAGGAAGCUGAAGAAGGCCUGA